CGCGGUACAAGAGGCCGUCGAGGAUGAUUCGCCUUUCCCGUGGCUGUUCCGAAGCCAGCAAUCGUUGUCUUUGAGUGUCCCGCUCCCACCGUCGUGCUGAGGGAUAUCCUGUACCUGGUGUCAGCGGUAACCUUCGCCGCUAUGAUAUGCUUUGUUAUCAACUUCGUCAUGAAGAUGCAUAUCCAGUCGAAGGUCAAAUCACUCCAGGGAGGGCGUCUUGCAAGCAUCACAGAGGUGCACCAGUUCCAAGAGAAGACUGGUGCUUGUCCAUCUAUUGCGUCGACAGACCGCCAAGAGAGUAAUGCUCUCGUGACCACCGAGGUGAACGUCCAGCCGUCCCCGCCCGUAAAGAACAAGGAGAUUGCAUCCUCUACAGGACUCAAGGAGCUCCGCCCUUUUAAUCUGAGUGCAUCAUGGUACACACAAAGCCUCGAGAGACUUGCCGCUUGUGCAGGGGCGUCAAGUCACACUCCAUCCCUCACUCGCCGAGCUUCUGAAUACGCUGAUGAGACCCCUCAGCUUAGAGUUUGAGCAAAUGAAGCCUUUGCCAUCGUCAGCUAAACGACCUGUGUUGGUUACCUUUGAUGGCAGAUACGCGACCAUUCGACGUCGCGUCAAGGUUCAUCUGAUGGAUUACUGCGCAACAGAACCAGACCACAUGUCAGCGAUCCUAUCUUCUGUCAGCCAGGUGUCACAUGAUGAGCAUGAGUGGAUGGUGGCAGAGAUGUCUGAGCACCUUAAAGAUAACACAGUCAGUGUAACCACUCUGCUCCGUCCUCUCUCAGUGUCUGUAUUUUGUUGCGUGAAUGAGGAAGCUCAGGACGAGGAGACAAAACAAGACCAAGCUUGCAUCAUGGCGAUUAAAGAAAUGAUCUCGCCAGUGAGA